AUGCCCGAAUUGUAUUUGCCUGAAGAUUUCCUACGGGUGAAUCAGCUGAUGGCGUUCGACGUUGUCGUACUGAAUGAGGAACAUGCCUGUAUUCUAGGCUUUUCAGUGUCUGGUCGUGCGGAACUGUCGAAAGAUGCAUUUAAUCGGUUUCAAAUGACCAGCGAUAUUCAUGUGAAAAUCCAGAGACCGUCAUUCGUGACCACGACAAAGUAUCUAAAAGUCCAAAUUUUAUCUGAUUGUGACUACCAUACUCUGCCACUGUUAGAAUCUAGUCUUUUGUAUCGUCUGCAAAAUGUUCACGUGAUUCUGGGUCAGGUUCAGUUUUUCAGAAUUUGUGGCAAGUGGCUUCCGGUACGAUUUUUGAGUGCGGUAACCACUGCUGGUCUUUCCUAUAGUUCUACGGUUCCUGUACCCAAAGAAUAUAAAACCAAAAAGGAUGUCAAACCUGAUGACUUUUCUGCGACGGCCUUAUGUGCUACCGAAAAAAUUGAACUCGCCGGUCCAUGCGAAUUCGAUGUAUCCCGGGUUGAUUUCGGAGUAUUUAAGAUCGGUCCCUCAACGAAGCUUCAGAUUGAAUUUGAUGAUUUGCAACACGUAUCAUCUGGUCGCACAGAUGUUGAGGAAAAUAAAGAAAAUGAACUGUUUGGCUUAGAAUCCCUUGAAUCGCUCCUAUGUGGUUGCCUUCGCGACUUCGCUAUCAGCACGUUGUGCUUAAACAGGUCAUUUGGAGAUGUGGAACAUGGAAUCCUGCUGUACGGCCUUCCAGGAUGUGGUAAGGCCAGUCUUCUACAAAAGUUUGGCACAUCGGAAAGACUAUUCACGGAAACAUCAGAUGUGGAUCUGUUCAGUCAAAUUCAGUUUAUCACGCUGACACCACAAGUUGCACGAUCUAUCAUGGGAAGUAAAAGGCGUGACCAAAAAAUAACCAAUGCUUUCUCGGAUUGGCUCAAAACGAAAAUUGGGAUCAGGACAGCCACUGUUUCGCAACCUGUGGUUUUUCUCCUGCCUGAUGUUGACCGUUGGGCAUUUGACAGCCAGACUGGGUCAGACGAAAAUGAUGUAACACCUUCGGAAGAAAGCAACUCAGUUUUGCCACAGAACGCCGCGAAAGAUAUGUUUCUUGAGUUCGUGGAUGCUCUGAAGGAACUCGGUGGCACUGUGAACCGUUUUGUUCUAGCGACCGCAACAACAACCGACGAGAUUUUCAACAUUGCUGAGGGACGAGAUAUGUUCUAUCGCAGAAUUCUUGUAUCUCUACCCGAUGCACACAACAGAUACAAAAUCCUACGACACCAGAUUUCCCUUCGUUUAGUGGCCUGUUCCACAGCGGCCCUCCCGGGGUUUCCUUCAGAUAAUCCAAUUACGCUCUUCAAUGUGAAGACAUUUUUCGGACGACCAGAGGCAGAGGAUAGGUUGGCGCAUCUGGCAUCCAAAUUACAUGGAUACACUCCCAGGGACUUAAACCGUCUCGUGCAGGUUGGCUUCGCCUCUUUCUUGUCCAAAUGUUGCCGGAAUGUCUCACAGGUGGCAAAUGCUGGUGAUUCUUCGGUCGUUGUGGGGACCCUCGAAGACUUGUGUGAUGUACUCGCCGUUGAGUCGCGUUCCUAUCUUCAGAUAAACAUAUCACAAUUCACGAGCCAUUUUGACCCCCUGCAUUGGAAAGAUAUAGGUGGAUACGACCGCUUGAAAGAUUUACUGCGCAGUAUUGUGCAAAAUCGAUUGUCGAAUGCUGCGAAACCCGAUGGAAUUGAGGCACGAACAGACGCCGCAUUAGGAUUGCGCGUUCCCCGCGGCAUCCUGUUUCAUGGUCCCCCUGGAUGCUCGAAAACUAUGUUUGUUCGAGCUCUUGCCACCGAGUGUCAACUUCCUCUAAUCGCUAUCCAAGCAUCACGCAUAUUUGGCCGAUAUGUGGGUGAUAGUGAGCGCAAUAUGCGGCGAAUUUUGGUUCAAGCUCGUGCCUCCGCUCCUGCCAUCCUAUUCAUUGACGAAAUUGAUUUACUUCUACCUUCGCGUAGCUCAAGUGAAUCCGGGGCCAGUGAACGUGUUCUCGGCGAAGUGUUGACGGCCAUGGAUGGAGUAGAAGGCCAAUCCGGACAGGUUAUUCUUAUCGGAGCUACAAACCGUAUGGACAAAUUGGAUUCUGCUCUAAGUCGAGCAGGCCGCUUCGACCUUGUACUUGAAAUCCCUCCACCAGACUCCACUGCGCGAGCCGCUAUCGUUCGAUUAGAGCUAACCAAGCGUGCUCUUCUGGACAAAAACUUGCUUGAAACCGAUUGGGUUAAAAGAUUCGCGGAGCAUGAUCUGAACGGUUAUACAGGUGCGGAGAUUGUCCAAUUGGUACAGCGUGCUGGUCAACUAGCGCGUGAUCGAAGACAAACUGGAAUCGAUAAAUCCUGUAUGCUUGCCGCCCAAAUCGACUGCCCGCCAGUUUCUCUACAGAACUACCGAUCUAGUUUAACAACUGCUACCGAUCACACGCCCAUCACCGGCCAUCCGAACCAGCUUUCUAGCCUACUCCCUGGCUGCUCACUUUCUUAUCCACUGUUCUUGAUAUUCGCAUUCGGGAUACUGUCAUAUAUUUUCUCCUGUCAGCUUUUUACUACGCACUAUUCUGUAUCGCCCUGAUCCGUGUACCGCUUGAAAAAAUUUAUUCACGAUUGGCCUCAUGGGCUACAGCUAGUUAACUUGUGCCCUUCAAACACAAGACAAGCCGGCUUGCAUUCAACCCAGUACCUUUCUAGCAUACGUCCACAGUAAGCUGAUCAAU